AUGAUAAGAUAUAUGAAGGAGGUCCGAGGCAGAAAUCAAGCAGAAGUGACAGAAUUUAUCCUCUUAGGACUCUCGGACAAUUCAGAUCUACAAAUUGUCCUCUUUGGAUUGUUUCUGUUAAUCUAUAUGGCGACCAUGGUGGGUAAUUUGGGGAUGAUUGUGUUAAUUAAGAUUGAUCCCUGUCUCCACACCCCCAUGUACUUCUUUCUCAGCAGCCUGUCUUUUGUUGAUGCCUCUUACUCUUCUUCCGUCACUCCUAAGAUGCUGGUGAACCUUUUGGCGGAGAAUAAAGCCAUUUCUUUUAAUGGAUGUGCUGCCCAGUUCUACUUCUUCGGCUCCUUCUUGGGGACUGAAUGCUUUCUGUUGGCCAUGAUGGCAUAUGACCGCUAUGCAGCCAUUUGGAACCCUCUGCUGUAUUCGGUUCUCAUGUCUAGGAAAAUUUGUGUUUUGCUAGUAGCUACCUCUUUCCUAGCAGGCUUUGGGAAUGCAGCCAUACACACAGGAAUGACUUUCAGAUUGUCCUUUUGUGGCUCUAACAGGAUCAACCAUUUCUACUGUGACACCCCACCCCUGCUCAAACUCUCUUGCUCUGACACUCGCAUCAAUGGCAUUGUGAUCAUGGCUUUCUCCAGUUUUAAUGUCAUCAGUUGUGUUAUGAUUGUUCUCAUUUCCUACCUGUGUAUCCUCAUUGCCAUUUUGAGGAUGCCUUCUUUAGAAGGCAGGCACAAAGCCUUCUCCACCUGUGCCUCCCAUCUCAUGGCUGUCACCAUAUUUUUUGGGACGAUUCUCUUCAUGUAUUUGCGCCCUACAUCUAGCUAUUCAAUGGAACAGGACAAGAUUGUAUCAGUCUUUUAUACAGUGGUGAUCCCUAUGCUAAACCCCCUCAUCUACAGUUUGAAAAAUAAGGAUGUGAAAGAUGCCUUAAAGAAGACCUUACAGAAACACAUACUGUAA